UCGAUAAGUUCAGGCAUUAAUGACGCUGACUGCACAUAAUAUUGUAUUUCGUACCAAAUUUCUUCGUAAUUUCAUAAGAAUUGACGUGCCUCCAAAAAGAUAAACGUAAUCGCCGUUUUACGUGUUCUUACUUUUCACCGAAUUGGAUACUAAACAUUUCCCAUAAAUAGAUAAUAUACAAAGUAGCCUUAUCAUUGUCUUCUAAGGAGAAUUCUACAAAACAAUUCGCAAUGGUGUUAACGAAGAUUGAAUUUGCGGUGCAGAUGACUUGUCAAAAAUGUGUUGAUGCAGUGCAAAAUAGUUUGCAAGGGAUUAAGGGAAUUAGUAAAGUUGAUAUUGAUUUCAAUAAUGGUAGUGUUAUUGUGGAAACAAACUUGCCACAUUCCCUUAUUCAAGAAAAGAUUGAAAGUUCAGGAAGAACGGCAGUUCUCAAGGGAUAUGGUACUCACGCCAGUGCAGUUUCAAUGUUAGGUGGUAAUUCUGGAUUUAGUGUUGGAGACCAAAUAAAAGGUGUUGUUAGAUUUAUUCAAAUACCAGAAUGCUGCAUUAUAGAUGGAACAAUAGAUGGACUUACACCAGGAGCUCAUGGAAUGCAUAUACAUGAAUGUGGAGACAUAUCAAAAGGCUGUGAAAGUCUCGGAGAACAUUUUAAUCCAUACAACACGCUACAUGGAGGUCCUGAUGAUGAACCUUCUAAAAGGCAUGUGGGUGAUUUAGGAAACAUUGAAGCUGACAACACAGGUAGAGCUACAUUCCGAAUAACAGAUAAUAUUUUGAAAGUACAGGACAUCAUUGGGAGAUCAUUAGUAAUUACGGAAGGACAGGAUGAUCUUGGAAAAGGAAAUAAUGUUGCGUCAAAGGUGGAUGGCAACAGUGGUUCAAGAUUAGCUUGUGGUAUUGUGGCUCGGUCAUCUGGUAUUUUUGAGAAUAGAAAGCAAAUUUGUGCCUGUGACGGACUUACACUUUGGGAUGAAAGGGACCAAUGGAAGGCAUCAAAAAAACAUUAAAAAGAAACUAUAUGUAAUACAUGAAUGGUAACAAUGCACACCAAGAUCACACGCAUGUUUUUUGACUGUUUUCUGAUCCUUACAAGACCAACCUAUCUAAAUGGAUGUUGUACAAAGUUAUAUGAGCAUGUAUAAUUUGAAAGUAAAAUAAAAGUUUUGCGUUACAUGUGAA